AUGCCUAAUAAUAUACCAUCACGGACAUCUAUAGAAAAUCCACACAUGACUCGGACAGCCUCUGGUGUUAAACUAGCUUAUUUAGCGUCCUCUCAACAGCCUCAGGUGCACAUAAAUAGUUCAACACAUCAUACAUCAGCAUCAGCAUCGUCAGCAUCAUCACCUAAUUCGAAUUCAGAAGUCACUGACGCUCUUUUCCAUGGCACCUCUUCAUUGAUGCCUGCAACUAGUUAUGUUCGUCCUUUAGCUCGUGAAAGACCAUUUGCUCGUGAAGAUGUUGGCAAUCCAAAUACGAACAGUAGACCUCCUUCUAUUCGAUCAGCUACAUCAUUUGGAAGACCACUGACACGAUUCAAUACGGGGUAUCAUGCUCGUCAUCAUUCUAAUUACUCCAACUUUAGCACCAUGAGUGAGACUGCCUUGCCCUGGACAACUCGAGAUAUUGGAUUUAAUGCUAUCUCAGGUGUCUUGAAUGAUCCUGCAAAGCCUAAAGAUUCAACCAAACCAAAUAAAGUAGAUAUUCCACCCGUACCACAUGCCUCUAUACCUCGCAUAAAACCUAGCGAUUUUGAGAUUUAUUUAAAUCAUAUUGCACCUAUCUUUGAAAAAUACCAAUACGAUAAACUUAUUAAUAACAAAGAUGAGCCAGUCGCUGUAGUUGUAGAAGAAGAAGAAGAAGAAGAGGAGGAGGAGGAGGAGGAGGAGGAGGAAAAAGAGAAAUUAUCAUCAUUAACAAAGCAGCAAAAGCAACGAUCAAAACGUUCAAGUCGUAACCCGUACAGUUUACCACCUCAACAUAUUUUAUCGAAUGAAAGUUUAUUAAAUGAGGAUACCUCCAAGACAUCAUCAUCAUCACCACCACCACCACGCGAUUUACCCAUGUUGGAGAAUGUGCCUGCCAUCUUUUUUGAGCCUGACUUUUAUCUUGAAAAUCCACAGAUAUUUGAUACCGUCUGUGAGGGAGCGGAUAUUGUAGGCAAUAGUGGACCCAACCCCGCAAUUUCCACCAAUUCAAUCCUUCAAGAGAAAUUAUCCUAUUAUUUGGAUACAGUGGAGGUUCAUUUAUUACAAGAGAUUGAGAAUCGAUCCUCCUCCUUCUUUGAAGCACUUAGUAAUUUACAGGUAUUGCAUCAACAGACGCUUGAUUGUGUGGCACAGAUUCAUACGAUAAGACAAAAGAUGAAACAGAUUCAGAAUACAGAGUGCAAUGAUGGAUUAGAGAUCGUUCGACUUCAAGUGAGGAAAAGGAAUUUGGAAAAGUUGUAUCAAGUGACGAAAGCAGUUCAGGAGAUACGAUUAUCUCAACCCAUGAUACAAACUUUACUUGGAAAGGGUGAUUACUUUGCUGUAUUGGAUUUAAUUGAUACCACAAGGAAUAGACUGAAUGGAGGGAAUGAUCAUAUUGAUUUGAGUUCAGUAAAGGCAUUAGCGAAUUUUUCAAGUCAGUUGGAUGAAAUGCAGAAAGCAGUGGGUGUGAUGAUGCAACAUGAUUUCCUUAGUAUCUGUCUGUCUGAUUUGUCUUACAAGGUUGAAAGUUUAGAUUCAGACGUUGCAAAGCAGAGACUGUUAAGACAAGCUAAAGAUGGGAUGAAGGAAAGUGAGAUACUUAAAAAUGAGGGUAUCCAAUUGGAUAAGGAGGAAGAAUUACAAAACAGAGUUACUCCAUGUAUAGUGGGUUUAUUAAGAACAGAUCUGCUAUCAUCGACAUUGCAAGGUUAUCAAGAGCGACUCAUGGUUGAGAUAAAGGACAUCAUUCGUAAACGAUACCCACCUACUACUACCCCAUCCGAAAAUUCAGGUGCCCAUCUUGCGAAACAAUUAAAGUCGAUGCCAUUUGCAUCCUUUUUCCAAAUGCUUCUAGACAUAUUUUCAACUCUUAUUGAAGUCAUUCAACGGGCUUCAGUUUACCAUCAACUUUUAAUACGCGUGAUAGAGGGUCAAGAUCGAGAUCAUAAAGUCUUGCUUAGUCUUAGUAAGGAAUCAGCCGAUAUCGUCUUCUCUGCUGCUGACUUGGCACAUGUACGAUGUGGCAAAUUAAUUGGAUUUCGAAGUGAUCAAAAUGCAUUACUGAAUCCUACCGACUUUUAUCGACUAACAAGUGUGAUACGGACGUUCAUUUUACAAUCUGAAAACUUUUGUGGUCGUACCUGUUUUGGUUUACGAGGAACCAUCGUCUCUCAACAAAAGGCAUUUAUUGAUCAUUUUCAUAUGGAGCGUGUAAAACAAGAAACACAAUUGAUCGAGAAUGAACAAUGGACAGCGAGUGAAGUGCCCUCUGAUUUCCAAUUGAUUGUAGAUAGAAUAUGUGAGGGUCGUAUUUCAAGUUUUGUAGAUGAAGCACAACAACAACAACAACAGCAGCAUAUAGAUGGAGAAAAGACCACAAAACAUUUAUUUAUAAAUGGUCAUAGUUAUUAUAUUGUGGGAUGCAGUUUAUUAAUAUUAAAGAUGUUUGAAGAUUAUUUAAAAUGCAUUUUAAAUUUAGAAAGCAUGGCACCUGAAAUUACACAAAAACUGUUAGAAUUAUUAAAGUUAUUUAAUUCAAGAGUUUGCCAAGUUAUUUUAGGCGCAGGAGCUAUGCGAUCUGCUGGCUUAAAGAAUAUUACUGCUAAACAUUUAGCAUUGGCUUCACAAUCCUUGGCUAUUAUGAUUGCAUUAAUCCCGAAACUGAAAGAGUGUAUUAGUCGUCAAAUGUCUACUAAACAAACUAGUUUAUUAUCAGAAUUUGAUCGAAUCGUAAAAGAUUUCACAAACCAUCAGGGAGAAAUUCAUGCUAAACUAGUUGCUAUUAUGAAUGAAAGAUUUACUGCACAUGUUAAAUCAAUGCAAGCUAUAAAAUGGGAUGAAGAUGAACCUCAAACUGGUAAAAAUGCAAAUACAUACAUGGAAACAUUAGUGACAGAAACAUGCCGUUUACAUAAAGUACUUUCAAAGUAUUUACCAAUACGUGAUUUGAAGUUUAUCAUGUCUCAAGUAUUUGAAUCUUUUACGACACAGUUAUCAGAUCAAAUCAGUCAUAUUUCUAUCAAGACAGAAAAGGGCAAAAAUAGAUUAGCUCAAGAUGCAUCUUACUUUACUCGACGCUUAAAAUCACUUCAUCAUAUAGAUCCACCUUCUAAUUCUGUUAUUGAAGCAGUGGAACAUCUUACUCUCCAUAAUGAUUAUAUAAAACAGUAA